CAGUGUUCCUGCCUUACCUGAGGUUAAUCUAAUCUCAACCAAAACUUUGACUAGUCGAACAGCGCGACGUGCGAAUAACACUGCAUGCAUCAUGCAGCCGGCCAACUAAACCCGCCCUAUCCACGGCACAAUCUCCAGAGAGGGAUGAGACGUGCUAACUGCUAUCACUGACUUAAACUGUAAUAACCAAUGGUCCUGGAUAUGAUUUAUUUAUUAUUUAUUAUUAUUAUUUUGCCGUACUCAAUAUCGGUGUCCGCAGGCUUUGCCUUUUGCAAGGUGUGGUACUCGCUACCUACUUCUGAAAUCUCCUCCGACUCAUUGUGCGGAGUAACCUCGAAGAUGCAGGACGUGCGCUUAACUCGGGUUACAGUGAUAAUAUUCCAGAUGGCACGAGAUGGCCCUCAGGUCCAUAAGAAGCGGUUACGGCGGCACUGCAGAUGGGGGUCGUUUGUCAGGAAAAAGUAACCAUAACUACCACGCGGACGAUCCAUCUGAUCCAUGAUCUAGAUCGCAAGCAACAUGCUGUCAAUGGUCAUGAUAAUGAGU